AAAUGUUUUAUACCACUUAGAAGAACUCUGAUUAUGGCACCAUCAGGAAGAAAAACUACAGGGAAAACAGCCAAACCAACCCAGGAGGAUCCAGUUGUACAUGCUUAUAGCUUUGAAGAAAAUCAAAAGAAACAUCUGAGUGGCUCAGAAGAGGACAUCAGAGAAGAUGAAACACUAAUCAUUGAUAAACACGGGAAAAAAAGAUCUUCAGCGACUCCUCAUUCUAUAGUUGAAGAUGAUGUUGGGGGAGAAGUACAGAAUAUGUUGGAACGAUUUGGAGCGGAUAUUAACAAGGCACUUCUAGCUAAGAGGAAAAGAUUAGAAAUGUAUACUAAAGCCUCACUCAAAACAAGUAACCAGAAAAUAGAAUGUGUCUGGAAAACACAACAAGAACAAAGGCAGAAGAUCAACCAUGAAUAUUCCCAACAGUUCCUACAUGUAUUUCAACAGUGGGAUGCUGACCUACAAAAAGCAGAAGAACAGGAAGAAAAACUAGCGAACAUGUUUCGUCAACAGCAAAAGGUAUUCCAACAAGCAAGAAUAGUUCAGAGUCAGAGACUGAAAACCAUUAAGCAGCUGUAUGAACAAUUCUUGAAGAGCAUGGAAGACAUGGAGAAGACCCAUGAAAGCCUUUUAACAGGAGCACAAAAUGAACUUCGCAAAGAAAUGGCUAUGUUACAAAAGAAAAUUAUGAUGGACACUCAACAGCAAGAGAUGGCAACUGUUCGCAAGUCUCUUCAAUCCAUGUUAUUCUGAAGGCUCAGUGGAGAAACAACUUGAACCUAAGUAACAUGAUAUAUACAUUAGCCAUGAGGAAAAGAGCCACUGUUUAAAACUCCAUAUUGAAAGUUACAUGCAUUGUUUGAGUACUCAGUAACAUGAAUACUGAUAUUACCAAGCUAUUGCUCCAAAGCAACUAAAGUUAGUUAAUUCUUCUUCAGUGUUGGUACAUCUGUACCAGUCUUCCUUCAAAAUUAAGAAUCUGUAUUUUGAGACUCAGAUUAGUUUGACAUGGUGGUCAUUUAAGUGCAGAUUAAUCUGAGUUGUACUGACUCAGUAACUCACAGCAUUCUACUAUAAGAACUAUAAUGCAGCACACACAAAAAUUGCAUGUCUUCAAUAGCACUUUUACAGGUUUUAUAUUGUUAAGCUAUUAAGUAGAAACACUUUCACUUUUGUAUGUAUCACAGGAGCAUAUCCUUUAAUCUGAGAGGGCAUUGCUUUAACUGCCAUACUUUAUAGUGUACAUUUUACUGAAAUGGUAUUUCAGGUAUUACUGUAAUUUCAGACUCUUUUCUUAAGUAGAGUGUUCCACUUUCUUGACAGACCAGUAAAUCAGAACUUACUAACAAUAUUAAACAAGGAGUUAUGCCUUUCA